GAUUUUCUAGCUGUCACAUUAAUAGGCGCGGCCAUGUUGGUCUGUAGUGAAUAAAAUUCAUUUAAUUAUUGCUUUUAGGAAAAUAAAAUUGACACAAUAUGCCCAAAUGCGACCUCAAAACGAGAUACAUCCCCGCGACAUUCGCCUGGACUUUACUGUUGGGCACGACGUUCCUGUUUUUUUAUUUUCCUUGCCAGUAUUAUCUCCACAAACACCCAUGGGUACCUGCAUAUCAAGGUGUCAUAACAUUUUUUGUUUUGGCCAAUUUUACACUGGCCACUUUCAUGGACCCGGGGGUGAUACCAAAAGCCCCACCUGACGAAGACCGCGAGGACGACUUCCGAGCGCCGCUCUACCGCAGCGUGGAGAUAAACGGGAUCACGGUGCGCAUGAAGUGGUGCGUCACGUGCAAGUUCUACAGGCCGCCGAGAUGCUCCCACUGCUCCGUGUGCAAUCAUUGUAUAGAGACAUUCGACCACCACUGCCCAUGGGUGAACAACUGCAUAGGUCGACGGAAUUAUAGGUUCUUUUUCUUCUUUCUAAUAUCGCUCUCAAUACACAUGCUGAGUAUCUUCGGCCUCAGCUUGUACUACAUUAUGAACAACAACAAAACUCUGACGCAGGUCGAGCCUAUAGUGUCUAUGGUGAUUAUGGGCAUAAUAGCGUUACUGGCUAUACCCAUAUUCGGUCUAACCGGUUUCCACAUGGUACUGGUGUCGCGGGGCCGCACCACCAACGAGCAGGUGACGGGCAAGUUCACUGGUGGCUACAACCCCUUCUCGAAGGGGUGCUGGUCGAACUGCUGUUACACGCAAUUUGGCCCGCAGUAUCCUAGCCUCGUCCGCCCCUCGAAGUACAUGUACAAGGGCGGCAAGAAGCGGCGCGACGGCGGCGGCGGCGUCGGCGUCGCGACCAUAGCGGCCGGCGCGGCGCAGGUAAAGACGUACACGGCGGACAACGGCGCCGCGCACCGCCCGCUCGGCGCGCACGCGCACUACAACAAGCUGUCCCCCGGGCGGGAGGAGCACGAGGGCGAGAUGGAGGGUCCCGGGGCCUCGCAGUCAGCGGACUGCGAGCCGACGCCUCCGCCCCUGCAGCGGCGGGGCUCCUCUACGAACCUGUUCCCGGAGCCCCACCACCACCUGCCACCGCGACCGCACCACUACCCGCGGCUCAGCCCGCUCUCGAGGAAUACUAGUCACGGCGGCACCGCGACGUCCGGCUACCGCGUGGUGAUGGAGCCGCUGCGCUACGACGCGGGCGCGAACGGCGCGCGGCCCUCGCCCACCAUGCAGCAGCGCAUCAAGGCGCUCGGCGUGCCCACGCCGCUCGCGCUCAGCAGCCCCGUGCGCAGGUCCAACCCCGGCACGCCCACGCAGCCGCGCCGCCCCGACUUCAUCGGCGUGCGCGGCUCGCCGCAGCGCCGCUUCCUCUCCGAGGGCGAGCUGCUGCGCGACGCGCCCGACGACAUCCGCGAGCUGGCCGCCUCGCCGCAGCGCGGCGGCUACCUGUGGGCCGAGCGCGCGCCGCACGCGCCGCACCAGCCGCACCAGCCGCACCAGCCGCACCAGCACGCCGCGCCGUCCCCGCUGGCGAGGCGGCGGGCGGCGGCGCCGCACGGGGCGCCGCACGGGGGGCCGCACGGGGCGCCGCACGUGCGGCCCGCGCGGCCGCUCUCGUUCGUGCGCGCGCUGGAGGUGCAGGAGCAGCUGGAGCGCGCGCCGCAGAGCGAGCCGCCCGACCGCGCCUCGGUGUACGACUGCAACUACGAGAUCUCCGUGUGAGGGCCGACCGACCGAUUCCAAAGACUUACGCACAAUGCGACAGAUGUUUGCGAUCACUUGUGUAUGUAUAUUUGUGAGCGAUAUGUGAGGGUGAAUUUAGUCUGUACAUAGCCCCCCGCGUUGUGACUCCGAGACGACAUAAUAAUUUUUACAGUACGUAGAUCCGAUUAGUAUAGACUGUGUGUAUAUUGUAUUUAUUAGGUUCGUUUCGCUUCGACCGUUUGAAAUUAUGUGACGAUAUCGAUUAUUUGUUUGACGUGAACGAUAACGAUUUAACUGGGCCGCUAGAUGAUCACGUUUCGUGACAUGCUUUUUGUGUUUUGAUGUUGGAGUCAAAAUUGUCGAUUUGAAUAUAUUAAUACAUACAGUGGGUGGUAACAUUCUACUAAAGGCAUGUGAUGAGGCAUGACCAUGGAAGGUCUGUAACAAGUUAGUGAGUUCGUUCCCGACUACACUUGAGAGUGAUUUUUAAAGAUAUGUGCCAAAUAUUCCGUAGCGAAGGUAGAUCAAAAUAAACGACACUAGUUUAUUUUGAUAAGUUAAAAUUAUUCGGUGAAAAUUUAGAUAAAAUGUGAAAUUUUUUUGUUUGUGAUUUUUUCUAAUUUUCUUUUAUAUCCUUAAAAGUGCAUUUAACGAAAUCCAAUGAAUACAAAUUAAAAAAUUGGAUUAAUUUUUAAAUUACAAAAAUUGAAUCUGAUCGUUUUUUUUAUAUUUAAAAGGGAAUUUAACAGUAAUUAUGUGUAUUGUGUUGCUAGACGUAAUAUUUUUUUAUAUGGCAUGAGUGUUGUGCAAUAGAUCUAAGAUCUCAAAAGUACCGAAUUCUGUUAACGGCCCACGGUAAGUACUUAGGAUGAGUGACUUGAGUGUAGAAAUGAAUAAUGUCGAAAAAAGAUAUAUAAUUAUUAUAAAAUUAAUUAACGGUUUUAAAGAAAUAAUAAUGUAAGGUCAAUAUUUUUCUGUUAAAUAUAUAAGAAUAGUAUUAUUUUGCAUAUUAUUUUUCUAUUUCAUACAAAAAGAAUGAGUGAGUUUUAUUACUUUUUUUUUUUCAAUACAAUUAUGACAGUUUUUACCAUAGUGACGUAGACCGGUGUGGUUAAUAUUGCUAAACAUUGUAAAUAAGUAUUUAUAAAGAUUAUAUAAAUUUGUAACAAGUGAUUGUAACUCGCUAGUGUACUAUAAUGUUACUUCGAAGUGAAACAUAGACAAAGUUUUCUAUUAAAUGUUCAUAGCAUAGACUGUAUAUACAUUUAUUUAUAGAAGAGUACGAAAACGUACAAGGGAGGACGAAAUUAGAUAGGGAUCAGAAGUAUUACAUAUAUAUUAUCACUAUAUUUAUAUGCCUUGGUAAUGUACAGCAAAAUCACCGUGUUAAAAGUGUCUAACGUUAAGUUUGUACAUAUUUAGUUUUAAGGCGAAACUUGUAAAUGUGUUUUCGUUGUGAAUGUUACUAUAUGUAAAAAUUGAUGACGUUUGUUUAUGGUGCCAGUUGACUUCCUUGUUUGACAUAUCAGUAGCGCGGUGUCAGUUAGCGUCGGUUUUAGUGUUGCCAUUCCAUACAGAGUUUGAUUAAAAUAAAGUACAUUGCAAAUAAGUUAUUUUAUGUAAAAUCGCCGGUUCGAUUUUUUGUGAAUGGGUGUUAAAAAAUGACUAUUGAAAUUAUUUCUCUCUGCCCACUUUUUUUUUCCACAUUCCGCCUGAUAUUUUGUUUAUGCCACACGAGUCACCGGGAUAAUGUCACUAAAGAGUUGCCACGCUUUUACACCUCUCGAGUUUAUUCCACUGCACACGAUUGUAACGACGAUAAAUUUGAUUUAAUAUUUUUAAAUAUUGUUAAUGUUAUUAUCACGUUUCACUUGUAUAUUUUUUGUCUUCCGCAGUGUUUUGACCUCGCCUUGUGAUUAAAGUAGUAUCGGUGUAGUCUUCGGCGUACUUAACUCUACGCAUUUGUUAUGUGUUAGCAAAAAUUUACGGAAUGUCAUGUAUAUGGCGCUUAAAAUAACUGAUUCAAGCUAGUCUUGUGGGACGGACCGUCGAGUUACCAAGCAAUUUGAACGUUUGUUACGUAGCACGGACGGUGUAAAGAUGCAGCGCUUUUAGACAAAUUUAUGUGGUUUACAAUUUUACAACACUUUUAAAGUCUAUACAUUACUUUUCAACAAACGUUUUGUUUGUAUUGGUAUGCCUAAAGAAACAAUGUUAAGAGAAUUUUUGUAUGUAAGAAUGACUAUACUGUCGUGCUGUGUAGCAAUCAAAGAUUCUUUACGACGCGUCUGGUUCCCGAACGAAGGGCAUGUUGUAUAUCUUUAAAUGUUGAUUUAAUUAUAAAUGUUUCGUAUAGUAAGUUGUCCAUUUAAGUUACAGACGUAGGUUUAGUACCAGGUUAUUGAAUAGCUCAAAGUGUGUCUGAAAGAACGAUUGGUUAAUAUUGCUCUGUACCACACAGUUAUAAGACUAAUGUGUAUUAUAGUACCUCCUCAGAAUCGUUAUUACCUAUGUGUACGUGACAGUGUUUUAUUUUUGUAUUUUGAUAAAAUUUGUGUAAAUAAUUUUCUUAUUUUAUUGAUAUUAAACUCAAUUAAUCAAGAUA